CGCCAAGCAGACUUCGAAACCAAAUCACCCGCCUCCCACCAAUGGCGGCUGCUGCCUCCGCCGCCGCAUCCUUCUCUAACCUCCGGUUCCCGUCCAUCUCCAGCCCUUCGUCUGGCGGCCGCCGCCCAUUCUCCGCCGUUCGAUUCCUCGCCUCCGUCCGCCCUCCCCACCUCCGGAUAUUUCCUCCCUGCCCCGCCCGGCGUCCCCUCGUCGCCGGAUCCGGCGACGGCGGGAUCGGGAACGGCGGCGGCGGCGGCGGCGGCGGAGGCGGCCGUGGUGGAGGGGAAGAUGGGGACUCCGGCCGGAAGAACCGGACGGAGGCUCUCCUGGCCCUGACGGAGCUCGGCCGGACGCUGGACAGCCUCCCCAAAGACCUUGCGGCAGCCGUCGAGGCCGGGAGGAUUCCCGGGGCGAUCGUGCACCGCUUCGCCGAGCUUGAGAAGUCUCCGUUCUUCCGGUGGCUUCUCCAGUUUGGGGGGUUCAAGGAAAGGCUUCUGGCUGACGACCUCUUCUUGGCCAAGGUCGUCAUGGAGUGCGGCGUCGGCAUCUUUACCAAGACUGCUGCUGAGUGGGAACGUCGCAGAGAGAAUUUUGUCAAGGAACUGGAUUUUGUUUUCGCAGAUGUGGCGAUGGCCAUAGUUGCUGAUUUUAUGCUUGUCUGGCUUCCUGCACCAACUGUUUCUCUUCGACCACCUCUGGCAUUCAGUGCUGGACCUAUUGCCAAAUUCUUUUACAGCUGCCCUGAUAAUGCUUUUCAGGUUGCUUUGGCUGGAACAUCAUACUCAUUAUUGCAGAGAGUUGGUGCAAUAGUGAGAAAUGGGUCAAAGCUAUUUGCCGUUGGGACUGGUGCAUCUCUGAUUGGUGUUGGUACAACGAAUGCCUUGAUUAAUGCAAGAAAGACAUUGGAUAAGAAUUUUGCUGGUGAAGCAGAGGAUGUCCCUAUAUUAUCAACUAGUGUUGCCUAUGGUGUCUAUAUGGCAGUGUCCAGUAACCUUAGGUACCAGAUACUGGCGGGUGUAAUAGAACAGCGAAUCCUGGAGCCACUGCUACACAGCCACAAACUCAUUUUAAGUGCAUCGUGCUUUGCAGUUCGUACAGGAAACACAUUUUUGGGAUCUCUAAUGUGGGUUGACUAUGCCCGCUGGAUAGGAAUCCAAAAGAUCCGGGAGUAGUUCAUAGCACAUAGUGAAUACUGCUAGUCUGUUUUCUUUCUGCAUAACCAUGUGGCGAAAGUUCAAUCAGAGGUGGGUGCCUUAGCCAUGUUGUUCUAUGAAGUCCACCACUCUUGAUGAUCAAUAUGAAAGGCCAUUUGUGGCUGCCAAUAUUAAUUUAUAAAUUAUUUUUCAUAUUGUUUUCCCUUGUCUUUGCAACAGUGGAAAGUGUUGAUAUUAUUUUUGAACCAGAUGGUUGAUUUUGGUGAUUCAUCGCAACACAAUUUUUUUAUGGUUUGCAGAACUUCAUACUAUGUUUAUUUUAUAAG